AUGGCGGCCAGUGCUGAACUCUCUCCCUCUAAAAUCCUAGACACAAUCAACGCUCAGGAUUCCACCUUAGAACCAACUCUAACAACUCCACAAGACUCCCAAAUCAAUGAAGCAAAAAACGACGUCGCACCGACCGAGAAACGGAAAAGAGACGACGCCGACGGCAACACCAACACCGAUGACAACCGUUCUCUCCACCCCUUGUGGAAGACCAGUCUAUGUUCCUACUUCAGGAAACACGCCUCCUGCAGCCACGGCGAGACAUGCCGAUACGCGCACAGCGAGGAGGAGCUCCGGCCUCGACCGGACAGCACGUGGGACCCGACGUCUGAGAGAGGUAAGAAGGCACUGAAAUCCGUUACCGGCGAGAAAAUCGCCGUUAAAGACGGUGUAAUGAUGACGGAGCUUGUCGACGAUAUCGAUGGCGACGAGGACGACGGUUUUGCAUCCAACCAAGCGCUCAGCAAAUGUUUAGUGCAUUUGCCGAUGAAAUGGAGCUCUGAGAAUUUGAGGAAUUUCCUCAAUGAGCAGGGUAUACCUUUUAAGCACGCCAAGACAAAGAAAGGUAUGGCGAUUGGUUUCGUUACUUUUGAAGAUGAAGAACAACUUAAGAGUUCUUGUAAGGAUUUAGAAGGGAAACAAAUAGGCAACAAAACGAUAGAGGUAGCUGAUGUUAAUCCUCGAUCAUUUGAGAAGAAAAGUAACUCUAGUGUUCCUUCAAGUGGGGCAUUGGAUGAUGAACCAAAUGAUGAUAGUUUGGUAAUUGAUGGUUCCGACUCAAAGAAAAGAAGUUCGCGUGAAGUCGUGACUCCUUUGGCUCAUUUGUCCUAUGCUGAUCAGUUGGAGCAGAAAAAAUACUCUCUCAUGCAGAUUCUCAAAAAGCUUCCUAGAAAUGCUCGUAAAGCUUGUCCAAAUGGCGUUCCAGUUCCUGAAUGGAUUCUCAAGUCUAGGGAAAUAGGUGGUCUUCCAUGCAAUCUAGAGGGUAUUAUUGAAUCACCAAUUGUAAAUGGAUAUCGUAAUAAGUGUGAGUUUUCUAUUGGAUAUUCUAUGGAAGGCAAAGCAACAGUGGGCUUCAGCCUUGGAAAUUUUAGGGAAGGUGUAACAGCAGUUGAGGAACCAGUUGACUGCCCAAAUAUUUCUACCAUUGCUUGCAAAUAUGCUGCUAUCCUUCAAGAAUUUCUACAGCACACUGAAUUACCAGUUUGGAACAGAUUUAAAAAUUGUGGAUUUUGGCGUCAAUUGACGGUUCGAGAAGGGAGGUCAAAUGGGAAUACUGAUGAUGCUGAAACUUUUGACGGUAUUGCAGAGGUCAUGCUUAUUGUGCAGGUCUCUACUGCAAGUUUUGAUGAUGCACAAGUAGCUGCUGAAUUUAAGAGGCUUGCUCAGGCAUUCAUUACAGCAGCUACUUCUCAUUGUGCAACUUUGCCCCUUACAGCUCUGAUUGUUCAGGAUCACCAAGGAAUAUCCAAUGUUGCACCAUCUGAUGCACCGUUGCAUUCACUUGCCAUAGGAGCUGGUGACCCUGAGAGGGAUGAAAGCAUUAGUGCUGCAGAUGUUAGAAUUCAUGAUUAUAUCAGCAAUCUCCGAUUCUCCAUAUCUCCAACCUCAUUUUUUCAGGUUAACACACUUGCUGCCGAGAAGUUAUACUCCCUUGCUGGAGAUUGGGCAUGCUUAGGUCCUGAUACAUUGCUAUUUGAUAUAUGCUGUGGGACAGGAGCAAUUGGCCUGACAUUAGCACAUCGUGUUGGAAUGGUUAUUGGAAUUGAAAUGAAUGCUGCUGCUGUAUCUGAUGCUCAUAAGAAUGCGGAGAAUAAUGGCAUAAAAAACUGUAGAUUUAUCUGUUCAAAGGCAGAGCAAGUUAUGGGAUCUCUGUUAAAAGAAUACCUUAAUGUGCCCAAGGAACAAGUUGAUGAUCCUAAUAUCUGUGGAACUGUUAAUGACAUUCCUGAAGACAGUGCCGGCCCAGAGCCCGAAAAUGGUAAACAGGCAUCUCAUUGUUCUGAAAAUAACAAUUCAGAAGUUGAAAAUGAGGGUCCGAAGGAAAGCACUUCUGAAACUGGGAAUACUUCCAUGAAACAAUUUAAAAAUGUUGUGGCUAUUGUUGAUCCUCCCCGUGCUGGACUUCAUCCAACUGUGAUAAAAGCUUUAAGAACCCAUACACGCCUGCGACGACUCGUUUACAUAUCAUGUAAUCCUGAAAGUUUGGUGGCAAAUGCUAUUGAGCUCUGUACGCCAUCCCCCACAGAAAUCGAAAGAGGAAAUAAAGACAACAGAGGAUGGAGAAGGAUGAGUAGUGCUGGUCUAGCUCGGCAUAGGGCAAAGUCUAUGCCGAUUUCAGAGGCCUUCAAACCCAUAAAAGCAAUGGCUGUUGAUCUUUUUCCACAUACUCCACAUUGUGAAUUGGUUAUGCUUCUUGAAAGGUAG